AUGGCACCGCCAUCUCCUGGUACAUUUGGUAUUAGCAAAUCUCAGACAACGGUCAAAACUACUACAGGAAAUGAACCGCCAAGAAUUCUUACCGAAGAAGAACAAAUAUUACUUUCGAUUGAUCAAGGUGUUCAUGAGUCGCUGGAAAGCACUCGGCGUAUGAUCGCUUUGUGUGAUGAGAGCAAAGAAGCUGGAAUUCGUACAUUGGUGAUGCUUGAUGAACAAGGAGAGCAACUUGAUAAUAUUGAUGAACGUAUGGACAGAAUCAACGAGGAUAUGCGUGAUGCUGAAAAAAAUUUAGAAGGUCUAGAGAAAUGUUGUGGUCUGUGUGUAUUGCCCUGGAAAAGAUCGAAAAAUAUUGAAAAAAGUGCUGCUUAUAAUGCAACAUGGAAAUCGAAUGAUGAUGGUAAAGUUAAUAGUUCGGGACCAAGACAAAUUGUUAAUCAAAAUGGUACAGGACCAGCAAGCGGUUAUAUAACACGCAUAACAAAUGAUGCAAGAGAGGACGAAAUGGAAGACAAUCUUCAGCAAGUUGGUACAAUGAUUGGUAAUUUAAGAAAUAUGGCUGUUGAUAUGGGUAAUGAAGUGUCAAAUCAAAAUGCUCAAGUGAACAAGAUUAUUGAAAAGGCUACAUUGAAUGAAACUCGUAUAUCAGGUGCAAAUCAACGUGCUGGUAAACUACUUCGAAGUUAA